AUGGCGUCGCGGGGGGGGAUCUCGAGCGAGCCCACGGAUGAUGACGUGAAGACGUUUCAUAAAGUGUGCGCCGCGGCGUCGUGGGAGGGACUCGUGGAGAACGUCAAGGCGAGCGCGAACGCGGGGGAGCUCACGAGUGGGGUUCUGGGCGCGGGGUAUCUGGUGUUUAGCGAGAGUAAGAAGAGAGGAGAGAGCGAAGAGACGCUGGCGGUGAUGCAGAGCAUCAUUCAGGUGAUGACGCAGGCGUUGUUGACCGUCGGGGCGUCGCCGGCGCAGCGAGCGAUGGACGACAUGAUGGGGUUCGACGUGCGCGAGGAGAGGAAGCUGGUGGAUAGACUCGAGGAGGCGUAUAACGACGGGAUCACGUCGUACGACAUGGCGGAGUGUCUGAAGAGUUUUAUCGAAAACUUGCAGGUGCAAGAGAUGUCGUUCGAGCUCGAGCUCGCCAGGGCGAGAGAGGCGAAGUGGGACGACCAGGUCGCCAAGCUCGAGAAGCUCGCCGAGGAGCGCGUCGAGGCGCAAAAGCGGGCGAUGAACAUGCUGAAAUUGAUGAACAUCGCACCGCCGGAUCCCCCGGCGCCGGCCCAGGGCGUGGCCGGGACGUCCGCCGCGGACGUCUCCGAGGACCCGAGCCCGUUCGAGGACCAAGACUAA